GUUGACUAGUUGAGCCUGUGAGUCGGAGCGGUGCCCCGAGUGACGCCUCGAGGAACGCAAGGGUCGCGCCACCUCCGGAACUCCGGAACGCCGGAACACCGGGAGCGCCGCCGAGACUUUUUCAAACUGUGCCUUACCCCCCUUGACGCCGACCAUUCUUCCGGGCCCGGCGCGACAUGGACUUCGUAAUAUUAAAGGUGAACGGACAAGACGUAUCAAACUCUAGUCACGAGGAUGCGGUGCGAUGUUUCCAGUCGGCUCAGGAACCAAUCAUAGUCGAGGUCCUUCGACGCCAUCCUGUUCAACAGGUGCAAACACCUGCCAAAGAGCUGGACAAGACCAACCACGAAGGACCGACGAAUGACAAGGGUGUCGUGACCGACCGGUCGUUAAACGACGAUUCCCAAACCGAGCCAAUGGGUCCUUUCGUCUCGACGGCCGUUCAGACGGAUUGGGCCGGACUCCUGGAAGAAGAGGAGCUCCUUCCGGUCAACGCCGAAGAGCAGACCAACGAAAGCUUCGAGGACUUCCUUAAUCAUGACAUCGACUUCGAGGAAGUGACGUUGCGUAAAAGCGGAAGUGCGGAAAAGCUUGGACUGACCGUGUGCUACAGUUCCGGAUCCGGCAGCGAGGAUGCCGACACGGAAGUUUACAUCUCCGAAAUAGUUCCUGAAAGCCUGGCAGCUCGAGAUGGUCGCUUGCGAGAAGGCGACCAGAUAUUGCGAGUGAACGGAAGAGACGUAGCAAAUAAAGAGCAAACCGAGAGCCUCUUCGCGGAGACGAAAAACGCCGUGACCAUCCUUGUCAGUCGUUGCCUGUACCAGGACGACGAUUACGAUGGCAGGCGUAUAUAUCAUCAGGGCUCGCCCCCCGUCUCACCGGACAACAUCCCUGCCUACCAGAAUAGUAUGAUCGAGCAGCUGAUCCGUCAACAGCAACAAACGGACGACCGUACCAAAGAGAUCGAAUCAAACGUGUCAACCUUAAAAGCUCCACCUCCAGUGCCCUCCCACACGAUCCACCAACAGACGACGAACUUUUCGACGACCUCGUCGUCGGCAUCCUCGCAGAAUUCCCAAAAAUCGGGGAAAACUGCCACCUCGCCGGCCCACCACACGGAAGGUCGGAAACAAUGGAUCCAGGAAGCUGUAAAGGAGUGCACCAAAAAGGUCGAGGGCAUUUGUCUGCGUUCCCAACAACCGGCACCCCUGAUAUCCUCCGUCAAGCUCGUCGAGGCUUACUCGAGUCACGUGUGGAGCGACACGGAGCACAUCUACGAGACGAUACCCGAAUCCGACAGCGAGCCCAUCUACUCCUCUCCAUACGAGCACAAGCAUUGGACCCAGGCCAAUCAAGUGCACGGACAGAAUCAGGCAAACCAGACCAAGGCUUGGCAUUCCUCCUCGAAGAGCAACAGUUCCGGAGAGGAAAAGGACAGCUCCAGCGCCUACAACACCGGCGAGUCCUGCCACAGUAAUCCUUUGACUCUGGAGCUCCAUCAAGGCGAGAGAGACCAUCACAAGAGCACUCUGGUGCUCUGUCCCCCCAAGACUCCUCAGCCCCAGAAACUGGGAUGCUCUUGCCCGAUGCCUCUGACUCCUUCCUCCAAGCCUUCCAAAAAUCAGCAGUCCAAGAAGAGCUACCACCAUCGCGACAGGGACCUCAAUGCCACCACCUUGCCCGCGGACACGAUGUACACGAACGUCGCCAAUCUGCAGCAAACUAUGCUGCUGCAGCAGCAGCUCUUCAAGCAGGCGCUCAACAGAAGGAACGUCACCACAAGGGAACCUGGGACCAGGAAAUCGAAAUCUCACGGGAACUUCCAAGCCCCAAACUUGACGCAGUAUCAGUUUGUCGGUAGCCAGCAGGUUUGCACUUCUACCACGUGGAUACCUCCGGAAGACAAAAGCGAGGUGCAGAUGGAGUGGAAAGUCAAAAGGAGACCGGAUGGGACGAGAUACAUUGCCAGGAGGCCUGUUAGGAAUAGGAUCCUCAGGAACAGGGCGAUCAAGAUCUCGGAGGAGAGGGCUGGGCACACGACCGAGGAUGACACCAUGUCAGAGAUGAAGGUGGGGAGGUAUUGGAGCAAAGAGGAGCGUAAGAGGCAACUUGAGCGGGCUCGAGAGCGCAAACAGCGACAGCAAGAGUUAAUGCAACAGCAACAGCAGCAGCUGCAGUUACAGCAAAACAGUGACCUCUUGAUAUGCGACCACCCCGAGGAGAAAAUGGCCAAGAAGCCGCUGAGUAUCGUGGAGCUUAGUCAUAAAAAGAUGGCUCGCAAGAAGACAACUUUAGAUGACUUCACGACCGUCCAAGAGAUGUUGGUACAUGGUAACCGGGUCGGAACCGGUGGUCCUGGCACGGGCGGGAAAUUAAUGGGCCUCCUUUCGGUAACCACGGUCUAAAAUCGUACACAGUGCAUUAAUCGAAAAUCGCUACAUACUUAAUUACAAAGAACAUUCUCAAGGCUGUUGUAGGUACUAUUGAUAAUCGAAGAAAUCUGACUAAAGUCAACGAAAGCUAAUAACCAUUCGAGUUACAUUACGAUAGUAGUUAAUUAACGAGCGAGUGAAGUAACUAUCAUUAGUGUCAUCGGGAAUUCGAGGGAAUCCAUCGUCAGUUUAUCGCAAGUAAUCGAGAUCGGAUAAAAGAAUUAAUCAUCGUUAGGAGCAUGGAAAUAAAGAUCAUAUGUAUGGUAUGGGUUAAUGAUCCAGCGCAUUAAAUUUUACAUCGCACCGCGUUAACGGAAUCGUAGGAAGGCACUGAACAAAGUGACCUACAGACAAGGAAUCGGAGACCAAUCUUUAAUACCUUUAUGAAUGUAAUAUUACCUGCACAGUUUAUUCGGGACAAUUUUUCUAUCGUACGAUGCGAGUAUACGAGUUCUGCCCCGAAGGCGUAUAGGAUUUUUCAUUAACCUGGCCGCAUCGCCGUAUUUAUACUUAUGCGUGUUCUUUGUAACUGAAGUAUCAUUACCGUGUCAACGGACACCGACGUCGCGAUAAACUUGAGACUUUACGAGGCGACCACCACGGCCAGUGACUUCCGUUUCGCCGUAUCACGAAAAGCGGAGCAUUGCGAGGAAUAAAAGAAAUUCCGGGAGAUCCACGAACUUAAUGCCCCUUAGUCUCCCUUCAAUGUCUUCGUCUUUGUCGUCCCUCUCGGUGCGGUCGACGAAGGCCCUUAACGUAAUAGCCAGAGGCAACGCCACGUUUCAUAGACCUAGAGCAUACUAAAUCUAAAUUAUCGCAAGUCUUACGAUCUAAGUUGUGAACUUACAGUAGCGACCUUGCCCAUCCACUUGUAAAUAUUUAAGUUGCGACACAAUAGCGUACGCGCAGACCGUUUUACAUGAGCUAACACUUUAAGAUGAAGGACCUAGCUGUAGACUUGUAGAUAUGUAUAAUAAACGUAAUCGCGAUCUAGCGUUAAGUAUGCAUGAGCGUCAUAUUCAAUUAAUCGGAAGAACUGUACAAUCAAGCCCAUUUUCAUUUCCACGUGACGUGAGGUUUCUAUGUGAUCAUUAAUAUCCGGAUAUAUUGUAUAUAUAUACAUGAAUAGAAUGUCUACUAUUAACGAGAGAAUAACAGUAACAAGAGUAACGAUAACCAGCCGUCUUUUCAACUCGGUAGCUUGAUAUAUUUUUCUUCCGUGAUUCCGUAAUUAGGGCGAGGUGAAGCCGAGAUGGAAACACUUUUGCGCAAUUGUUCCACCAGUUGAGAUGAUUUAUCGGAAAUCGUGUGCUUCUGGAGCACAAUUGGUUGAAAAGAGAGGAGACCGUUGGCGUUACGAAAUAUCGACUUCUCGGAUAUGUACUGCUUCCCCUCCCUGUAAUUGAAACUCCGAUGUAGGCAACAUUUUAUCAGUUAAUAGCACGUUUCACCCCGCCUUAAUAUAUGGACCGUGGGCAAAUGUUUAGCGCUCCGAUUUACACACGGUGAGUCACUCGCAUGUGUGGAUUUUUAUCGAGUUUAGUGAAACUCGCGAUAUCGUACACUCAGAGACUUUAUAAAUUCGAUUGUGCCCUUUCACUGUUGUGGAAGAGUCCACAGACCAGGUAAAGGGCAUGUUGGAAACUGUUUUCAUAGUCAUUGUUGAAAACCUAAACGAAAGAAAUCGAA